AUGAUGAAAGAGACCUUACUCGUAGUGUUGCGCUACAGCAAAGACAAAGGGGGAACAAUUCAGCAGAUUCUAAAUAACGAGAGUGUAGUUGCGCGGAGAGGUGUCAACAACAAACCAAAGGUCGGAUGCACUGUUCCUAGACCUGCUCUACCUACUCGGCGCAACUCUUGGAUCGCAGAAGCGUUGUCUCAAAUUAACAGGGUUCUGCGCCAUGUGGAUGAUGAGAAAAAGGUUAUGAGAUAUCUCCUCGUUCUCAGAGAGACACUUCAGUCUUUGACAGACAUUCUUGGUCCAACAGAGCGGGAAAUGCAAACCCAGAAAGACCAGUGUCAUAAUCACACAAAAGAAGAAGGAAGCGCAGCAGAGAUCAAGCCAGCAGUCACCAUCGCCCAAAACCAUCACAAAGACUUCGAGACUAGAAUCACGGAAUUGAUCGAGGAGAAUAAGAAACUUAGGGCUGAGAAUGAGACAUCUGAUAGGGCAAAUAACAACUUAGAAUGUACCGUGGAUGCAAAUGAGUUUGAGCUAUCAGCAUUGAAGAAUGAGUUGGGACAAAUCCGCCAGAACGAGAGCCAACUGGAGGGUGUCAAAGAGCAGUUGAGAUCUUCACCCGAAACCACAAACAAAGCUUUUGAGAUGUUAUCUUCUUUCACCGAAAUCGAUAAAUACCAGGAAAGUGUUCUUCAGUUGGAGGGGAAAUUGAAAGCAUGCCAAGCAGAGAGGGAGGAGGUUCUCAAUAAUUCGAAACGCCAAAACGAGAGCUGGGAGAAGAAACACAUGGCAUUGGUCAAUGAGAACAAAAACCUGGAGAAAAAAAUGGCUGGUCUCAAAAGAAAAUUAGGUGAUGUGAUUGAAGAUAUCGAUGAUGGCACUCCAUCCAAAAGAAGGCAGGGCACUGCAUCUUCCUAUUUCAGUUGCUCAUAA